AUGACUCGAGAGGAUUAUGGCUCUGAGCCCCCUAUGCCAUGCUUCUUCUUCUCUCAUGGCACGACAGCCAACAUAAUGAAGAAGACCCCGGUUGCGGCGUACUGGGAGGAGGUUGGCCGCCAGGCACUUGCGCAAGGAGUGGAACGAAUCGUCGUUUUUAGCGCGCACUGGGAAACCCUCAACGAUGAGAUCCGAAUCUCAGCCGAUCCACACCCCAAGAAGCAGCCCGUGCCAUGGGCUGACCCCACUGUGUACAAGUACUUUGACAGCAACGUCGAUGUCAACCUGGCAGGAGAAGUUCACGACAUCCUCAAGGGGGCUGGAUUUGACGUCAAGCUCGAGAAGGACUUUGAAGAGGUUCAUGACUCGUUCAUGGUUCUGAAGUGGAUGUUCCCUGGCGGCAAGUCGCUGCCCCACGUCGUCGUUAGUCACAAUGCGAGGUGCGAUCCUGGAUUUCAUCUGCGGAUGGGUGAAGCUCUCCGGCCUCUUCGAUUCCGCAAGACUCUACUGCUCGGAUCGGGUGGUGGGGUGCACAACUUGUACCGCAACAAUUGGCCGCAGAUUGUUUUCCGUCGCGACUCGGCUGCCCAAGGUCGGCCACCGGAGCAGUGGGCUAUCGACUUUAGUGAGGGCCUCACCAGCGUCGUCGUCCAAAACUCUGGUCCCGGACUGCGCCGUGGAAUUUCGCGCCUCAUGAGCCACCCCCAGUUCCGCAACGCCCACGGUACAGAUGAGCACUACAUUCCGGCAGUGGUCGUCGCGGGUGCAGCCGGUCAUCAGGAUGACACUGGGACCAAAAACUACGUCGGAGCCGAGGCUUGGGAGCUCGUCAACUUGCGCAACAUGCAGUACCAGUUUGGGGACUGGCCCAAGGCGCCGCAUGUGACUCCCAUUCGAAACAGCAUCCGUGACAUCAAGGUCGGCGCUUGA